AUGUUCACCUUUUUGGUGGUGCUCCUGAGUGUUUACGGUGCAACUGCACAACAAAAAGCAGUUUGUUCAAGUAAACCGACUGAUGCCAAUGAUCCCGUUCGAUAUGCGUUCCUUAACGAACAGAACACAUUGAGAAAAACGCUUGCUGCGGGAAAUACAGAUGAUGGUGGAGCGGACAAUUUAUACGGAUCGAAGAGUCUAUUCCAGUUUACUUAUAAUUGUGAUUUGGAAAUUUCCGCAAUGACUGCCGCUAAGGGAUGCCCUACUACGAGCAGCGUUCCAAACGAAGUAUCCGGAAACUCUAUAAACUAUAAAAUAAUACGUACACAUCAAGAUCCACCAAUCGAUAAUGAAGCAAAAGCAGAUAUAACUACAGUGGUGACUGGGUGGGCAGAAACGAGAUAUGAGGCGGAAUUCGAGAGAAAAACUGCUAUUUAUGAUGUUGAGGAUACCGCUCCAUUUGUGAGAAUUGUUUACAACAAAUCAAUUUCGGUCGGAUGUGUAGUGACACAUUGUGGUGCAAAAAAGACAGCAUACACCUGUGCGUACAGUAGCAGCCCCGUCAAAGGAGAGCCAUUUUACUGGCCUGUGAAGGGUUCUACCGGAUGCACAAGUGACUCACAAUGCAAAAAAGCAAUAUCUGGAUCGAAGUGUAAUGUUGCACCAAAUGAACCGGUUGGGCUUUGCGCCACGGACCUAACAGAAUUAACAACUGCUGGACCAACAGAUACAACCGCUGCUGAGUCCACCACAUCAGAAACCACUGUCAUGCCUACCACUACAUCAACAGCCGCUGCCGCUGAAACAACCACGGCCACCAGCUCAAGCACACUGAUGACGGAUGAAAUCCGUGACAAGAUUGUCACUAUGCACAAUUAUCGCAGAUCGUUACUUGCACAGGGAACUGUUAGGAAUGGAAAAGAAGGAAAACCGAACUGUGGAACAGCCAAGAACAUGUAUAGGAUGAAAUACGACAAGUCGUUGGAGACGGAAGCACAAAAAUAUGCGGAUACUUGUGCUCUCGUGAGUUCUGGUGAAGCAACACGACCACAAUCCGGUGAAAAUACCUAUGUAGUUCAAUCGGACACAGUUUCACCACUCAGUGCGGUAGAAGAAUCCAUUAAAAGUUGGUGGAAACAAAUCCUUUCGAAUGGUAUAAAUGCUAAGAUGCAGUACACUGAAUUUUUAUCGACAAAAAGAAAUGCACCUCUUAACUUCAUACAGAUGGCUUGGGCUAAUUCCUACAAAAUUGGUUGUGGAGUGAGCCGUUGCACGGGUAAAACUUUCGUAGUUUGUCGCUAUAAUCCUCGGGGAAAUGUUCUGAACGAGUACAUCUACAAUGUUGGCAGUAUCUGCGCAUCAUGCCCAAACUCAUGCACGGACUCACUUUGUGAUUCACCUGCAAACUAA